CAAAAGUACAUAAAUUCAAAAGAUCUGAAGAUAUAAACACUUGAAAAAAGUUAAGAGAUAAAGCUUAAAGUAGUUUAAAAAUAUAAGAUUGGUGAAGUAGAUUUCAACAAAACAUGUGGAAUCUGUGACACAGGCAGGCUCCUCGAAAAGAAAGUGUAGAAUUGAUGGAAAAUACCAAGGACUUCAGCAGACAGUCAUGUCAGCCCGCCCAAAAUCUAGUCAUCCAAGUGCAGAUAGGAGGAAACAUACAGCUACAAAUUCGGCAAAAUCUCAAAAAACUGCAUCAAAUUCAGCCUCGACGUAUGGCGAUGAGAAUUUUGAACUCUUGGAAUAUGAGUGGCCAGAUUUACCACCGAUGUUUCAAAUCAAGGAUGCGAUGUCAAGACGUAAAAUAAGUUCCGGAAUAAGUUAUUUGCUUCCACCAGAUAAACCGAAAAUCUCAAUUGAAAAUACAUACAGAACUGAUCUACGAACAAUGUUCCAGUCCCCCUUCACAGAAAACUUGUACCGCAACAAUGACUCACAUGUAAAACAGCAGUUGAAGUUUAACUUCACUCCAAAUACGCCUCCGCCAAGGUUCAAGGUCAGACAGAAAUCAGCUCGUAAAAAGGACAUUGCACUGAAUGAUAGUUCUGAGAAAAUACGACAAAGUUACUGUAAAAGCGCACCGCCAAAGUUACAAAAAACACUUCAAACGAAACUUAGGUCAAACCUAUUUCUUCCAAUACCAGUCAAGGUUCCUGAAGAGGCACAGAAACUUAAGGCAGAGGUUGAAGAAAUGUUAUUAGAAGUUGAAGAUGCUGAUGAUUUUAACCCUGACACUGAUGAGAGUAUUCCCUCUGAAAACACUCAUGAAAAACAUCCUAAGAAAACUUCAAGAAGACACUCAGAAAAUGUGAAGGAUAAUAAUCAUAUUAUCGAGAAAUUGAAAGCUCAUAAAACCAUACUAAUAACUGAUGAAUCAACAUCUGAACACUCAGUUCCGUCAUUGCGAAGAUCGAGUAUUUCAAAUUCUAUUACAAAAACUCCUAAAAAGGCUCCCCUCAUCAGGCGGAAAUCAGAAUAUAAAAUGGUGCACUUUGGGGAUGAAGAAGAAGUCUCUUAUAAUCCGAUACGCAAAACAAAGAAUUUCAAAAAUUAUGAUGAAGUAAAGAAUAUUGCUGGUCCAGAAAAACUUCCUAUUCCAAAAGAUUUUAAGUCACCAUAUUUGAAUGAUGGACAAAAUGAUCGAAUUUGGGAUUGGUUAAAUUAUGAUCAAAAGUUAACUUCAUUUGAUUAUUUCAUUGAUUUAUGUUCCUAAUGUGAGAUACAGUAAAACAAAUGCCAAAACAGAAUAACAAAUGCCAAUAGAACCAGCCAAGAAUGUUCAGAUUGGCAGGUGUUUUGUGACAGAUUAAAAAUGUAUUACAGUAGUUGUAUCUUGCUAAUUAAUCCAUUACAUUGGCUGGGUUUAAGUAUUCAAAGACAGGAAAAAUAGUUCUGAUUCUCUCUGCUAGAUGGAUGACAGAAAUUUCAAAUAAAAGUGUUGACCUGGCAUGAUUACUGCCAAUUGGGAUAUUUAUUGCAGGGAAAUUUUGAAAAUUAUUCAUUAAGUUACAUGAACACUGUUCCACAGCUGGAUGACUCUUACUGCAGUUAGUAUCAUUCGUUUUUGAUAAACCAACGACUCAGCUAAACUAAGUCAUUUUAAGUUGAAUCUGGAUUCCAAAUGUUUUGCCAUGCAAAUUAAAUAAAAAAGUAACAAUUGUAAACAGCC